AUGUGCACCCAGAUCGAAAAUCGAUACGAUGACAAAGUUGAAGUCGAUUCAGCAAAGAAGCUAAUAUCACUUUCCCGUCUUAAUCUACGUUCCGACCCCGAUGAUCCUGAACUUGAGGACGCAAGUUUUGACCACUUGCGCCGGAUCCAUGCGGAUAAUAUCAGCACGGGAAAGGCUCUCCGGGAUGUGAACUGGGAGCUAUGCAGCAUCUUCUUCGUCAUCGACAAGGAGAUGCUUGCUGAUGCAGCUACUUGUGAUUUUUGGAUUAAACGUGUCGAGGUCAACUGCACGCCUCCAAAGAUUGACGGGAGAGGGGGUCAUACACUAGCAUACCCACCUAGGUGGUCAUAUGUGGCUAACAGCAAAAUGCAACCGCAGCGAAUUCCCGAUGCGGGGUCAUGCUUUGUAACUGUCUGUGAACCUGAACAGACAAUAGUUGAUUAUUACACUCUUUCAAGGUACUUUCGACCACUGAAGCAGUCAUGGGUUACGAAAACAGAAAACAACGCUCGUGACGUCCUCACAGACGAAGGCCUGCCAUUGAUGAAUCUUUUAGCACUAAAAGUUGAUCUUCCAUUUACACAAAGCAGUUAA